UUAAAAAAAUAGAUCCAGUUGUUCAUCCGUAACCUAAUUUAAAAUCUACAGUAAAAGUAAUUUUCACAGUCGGGUGAUAUUGGAGGUGAAUUUAUUUAAUCUCUAUCCUUUUGUAUGGUAAACAUAUUUUCUUGUAAAUUGGAAUGUACUGGCGUAAAUGGAUCGUGAUGUUUAUUUGCAACAAAUUGUGAUAAAAACGCAUUUUGUAGAAAAUCUGGAAUCAAAAGUAUUACUGUAGUUAAGAAUAAGUAAGACAUCCAAUGGCGGAAUCAAUAUCGCCAUUACCGCCAUCUAACAGAAAUACAGAACGAGAUACAAACCAAGAGUCUGAGAUAGACGACAGAGAUAUAUUUGAUACUCCUAGGGAGGAAAUAGACGUUGAAAACAAUAUUGUAAGAGAUGCAAGAGAUGAGCAGACACACAGGAAUGUCACUUCUCAUUCUGGAACUUCCCAAAUAAACGGGAAUGACAUUUCUCGCUCCAGAAAUUCACAAAUAAACGAUAAUGACACAUCUCGUUCCAGAAAUUCACAAAUAAACGAGAAUGACACAAUUCGUUCUAGAAAUUCACAAAUAAAAGGGAAUGACAUUUCUCGUUCCAGAAAUUCACAAAUAAACGAGAAUGACACUUCUCCUUCCAGAAAUCCACAAAUAAACGAAAAUGAGACUUCUCAAUCCAGAACUUCACAAAUAAAGGAGAAUAACACUUCUCGUUCCAGAAAUUCACAAAUAAAGGAGAAUGACACUUCUCGAUCCAGAACUUCACAAUCAAACGGGAAUGACACUUCUCGAUCCAGAACUUCACAAAUAAACGAGAAUGAUACCUCACGUUCCAAAAAUUCACUAAUGAAUGAGAAUGACACUUCUCCUUCAAGAAUUUCCCCAACAAAACCACGGAGAAUUGAAUCGGAAACUAAAUACACCGGUGGAGAAAACGAUUCACACCCAAACAACUCUGAAAAUUCAAAUAAAGAUGGAAAAAAUAGUGUGAAUUCAAAAAAGGAGACAAAGCGAAAUAAUUAUUCAAAUGGAGAUAAUACAACACGUUCAAACCAGAAUAAUAAAAAAGACGAAACUGUGAAAUCUCAAGAUGGUGAGGAUAAAAACGAAAUCACGAAUAUCAAGAAGGUCGAAAAAGAAAUCACGAAUACCAAGAAGGUCGAAAAAGAAAAUGAAUCAGUUUCAAAUGAUGGAAACAUAAAUAAUGACUCAAAACAACCGACAUUUCCCGAAAUUCAAAAAGCAAACGAUGACAGCUUAAAUAGUCCUUCACGAGAACCAAUAACGAAUAACAAUGUUACUUCAUCAGCCAGUGAAAAACAUUCUGACAGUGAUAGAUAUACAGACAGCGAAACAACAGGCGGUAAAUCGUCAUUAAGUGAACAUACGCCAAGAAGCCAGACAAAGAAGUCAAAAAAGAAUCCAAAACGUAGUUCAAAGUCUCCUAAACCUACAAAGUCCAAAAGUAUUCUGAAGACUGAAGAAUCAAAGCCGCAUAAACCUCUAGCAUUCAUGGCUUCUUUAUUGGAAGACGGAACUACUCCCCGUAAUCCGACAAGAGAUAGUGGGGACAGUACUGUGGUUUCUUUGCCGGCAAUAAACCGACAAAAUGUUAUAAACAAGGUAUACGUAGAUGAUACGGAGAAAAUAGUUAACAAAUAUCCCAAACGAGACAAGGAUUUCAAGUUAGAAUUUGUAUAUGAUCUAAGGCCAAAAUAUCCGUCUUGGUAUGCACCUGAAAAAAGAUUGAGUCGUCGAGAAGAAAAAGUCUUCAGCGAUAUGUCUGGCGUAUAUGCAGAUUAUAAACAACAGGAUGAACGUCAUCUGUCGAAGACAAAGACAAUGGACGAUAGACUGAAAAAACUUGAGAAAUUGAAGAGAGAGGAAAUCAGAGAGAAAAAAAGAAAGAAAUUAGCAACUGCUUAUGAACAAUAUGAACAAUUAAAAGACGUUCGCGAAAAGUUCGAUAUUAUGUGUUGGUAUCGUAACCAUACGCAAUAUAUUACUCCGAGAGUUUUAGAACAUGAAAAAUUGAGCCGACAUAUCUAUGGACUUCCAGAAUCUUUAAAAGAACAACAACAAUUGAUAAAAAAUCUAAAACGCAAACCAAAAAAACGAACGAAGAAUGGAAAUCGAAUUGACAGUCACUAAUAAACAUAUUUAAUUCAA